UCUGCCUCCCGCUCUGCUCAUCCAUUAAUUAAUUCUCUGAGCCGUUUUCUGUUUUUCUUUAUUAACCGCUCGCACUGUGGAAGGCAGGACGUGAAGGUCAGUAGUGGUGGGGGGGCAGAGGUUAAAUGCCAGAUCACCAGCAUAGAGAGCAUUCACCAUCAUUUCCUUUUGCAGAUUCAUUGGAAAUCCCUUGCUGGCUGAGGGAAGCACGUUGCCCUGUGAUGUAGCAGAGAGAGAGAGAGAAGGGGGGGGGAGAGUGAACAAGCAAGCAACCGAGACAGCGAGAGAGAGAGCGGGGAGAGAGAUCUUUUGCAGGCAUUCAGCUUGUCAGAGCUGUGCUGGAUGGUGUCUGGCUGUAGAUCCGCUAUUUGGGAAGAGACCUACCACGAGAAAGAGAGGGGGGAAAGAAAGGAGAAGGAGGAAGCAGCAAGUGACUCACUAGAAACGUGUCCAUUUCCAGAUUGCAUGGAUAACUGAAGAGUCUCUCUCUCUGCCUGUACACUAGGAGCAUCCCACUGACAGAACCAGACCUUAAGCUGUGCAUCAGGCUUGAACAACCUUCACGGAGAUCCUUAUCAGGAUUGACAUCGGAACACUUACAUCGGCUACGCCAUGAACUUCCUGCGGCGCAGGCUGUCAGACAGCAGUUUCAUUGCCAACCUGCCCAAUGGGUACAUGACCGACCUCCAGAGGCCAGAACCCCAGCAGCCACCACCCCCGGCCCCGGCUCCCGCUACGUCUCCUGCCCCAGAGAGACGGCAGGCCGCCCAGUCAACGGGAGGAGGCUUCUUCAGCUCCAUCUCCAAUGUUGUGAAGCAAACGGCCGCCUCGGCAGGAUUAGUGGAGCAGACCCCCACCACAGUGACCAAGAAGUUCAAGGUUCUUCUGGUCAUUGAUGAGGCGCACAAUGACUGGGCCAAACAUUUCCGUGGAAAGAAAGUCCAAGGGGAGUAUGACAUCAAAGUGGAACAGGCGGAGUUCUCCGAGAUCAACCUUGUGUCUCAUGCUGACGGUACCUGCAAUGUUGACAUGCAAGUCUUUCGAAGUGGUACAAAGGUGGUCAGGUCAUUCAAGCCUGACUUUGUUUUGAUCCGACAACACGCCUUCAGUAUGGCAGAGAACGAAGAUUUUCGCAACAUGAUUAUCGGUCUGCAUUAUGGAGGAGUUCCCAGCAUAAACUCCAUGGAAUCUAUUUACAACCUCUGUGACAAACCCUGGACGUUUUCCCAGUUGAUAAGUGCCAGCAAGAGUCUUGGUCCUGAGAAAUUUCCCCUCAUAGAGCAGACGUUCUACCCAGACUAUAAGGAAAUGAUUGCCAUGCCUACAUUCCCUGUUGUUGUGAAGAUUGGGCACGCUCAUUCAGGCAUGGGCAAGGUGAAGGUAGACAAUCACUAUGACUUCCAAGACAUUGCCAGUGUGGUCGCACUCACACAGACCUACGCUACCACAGAGCCCUUCAUUGACUCCAAGUAUGACAUCAGGAUUCAAAAGAUAGGCAAUAAUUACAAAGCUUACAUGAGAACUUCUAUCUCUGGCAACUGGAAGACAAACACUGGCUCAGCCAUGCUGGAGCAAGUUGCCAUGACUGACAAGUAUAGGCUGUGGGUGGAUACCUGCUCUGAGAUUUUUGGUGGCUUAGAUAUCUGUGCAGUUAAAGCUCUUCAUGGCAAGGAUGGAAAGGAUUACAUCACUGAGGUAGUGGGUUCUUCAAUGCCACUGAUUGGGGAGCAUCAAGCCGAAGACAGGCAGCUCAUUGCUGACAUGGUCAUGACCAAAAUGAAUCAGGUGGUACCGAGGACACCUACUCCUUCAUCUCAGAGACCCACCACCAUCCAGCCACCGCAGAGCGGCUCGGUAAAGGAAGGUCUGACAGACAGCAGCAAAGUUCCACCUCAGCGGCCCCCUCCCCAAGGGGGCCCAGUGCAACCCCAAGGAUCCCAAUCCCAGAGUCAGGAGCCUCCAUCAGAACAAGCUCAGAGUGCAUCUGCACAGGAGCCCAGUCUCCAGCCACAACUGGGCCCCACUACACAGCAGCCCCGGCCGCAGGGACAAGGGGCUGCCUCUGUAGGGACGCCAGAAGAGGAGCCUCCGAAACUCCAGCCUCUGAAACCCCAGCCUCCAAAACCGCAGCCUCCGAAACCCCUGCCUCCGAAACUCCAGCCUCAGCCUCAGCCUCAGCCUCAGCCUGUCACCCAGCAGAAACCUCAGUCGCACCCACAGUUGAAUAAAUCGCAGUCCUUGACUAAUGCCUUCAACUUCACCGAGUCAUCCUUCUUUCGCUCGGCCACCGAAGAUGAAGCCAAGGCAGAGACCAUACGAAACUUGAGGAAAUCCUUUGCCAGUCUGUUUUCUGACUAGAUGGCAGACAGCAGAAGUUAAACAGGAAUGUUAUUUAUGAUACUUAUUUAAAAUAAUCCUUAGCGUGCCCUAGUCCAACCAAAUCUUCAGUGUUUCCUCCCUCUUUCUUCCUAUUAUGAUAGUAUCCUGACUGUAGAUGAAGCAAUAUGCAGUAUAAUGUAACGGUUCAGUGGAAGACAUAUAAAACAUUAAUAUCUAUCAUGUGCCAGAGAGUCGUGUUAUAAGGAUCAGAAGUGUGUCACUGUGGUUAAAUAGGGGAUAGCAUUAAGAGUCAGCAUAGUCCUCCAAUUUGAUGUUGUGGCCUUCUUGUGACAGUGCACCAAGUAAAUUGAUAUAUUUUAUUAUAUCAUGCCUGUUCCCAUAAUAUAGCUGUAGGUCAAUUCAAGUAUGGUAUUUUCAUAAUUGGUCAGAUGUUUUUGUACCACCAUAUCAUAACAAAUUAGAAGCAUCGAGUUCUCUUAGUCCAAGCUGAAUGCAAAAAUGCUAAUUUCAUGUAGACUGCUCUGUAUUCCAGACCAUUGCUGUAUGUUCUCUGGCAAAAGCUUCGUGUCUACCAUUCAGUCUUCAAACACGCUGCCUUUAAAUGAAAAAGAAAACCUCAUUGCUCUGUUUAAUGUAGACUUCUGACAUGUUGUGUAAGAUGUGAGCCAUUUCUGGAGUUUCUUUUGUGUUCAGUUCAUGCUGUUGUUUAUUUGUAUUGAAUAUUGCCCCGCAUGAUCCCAUGAUAACUGACUACUUCUUUGUUUUCUCUAUGUCUAUUAAUAAAUAUGUGGCCCAUUACAUAGCUAA